AUGGCGGGCCAUGGCGAUCUACAGGAGAUGCUGCGCAUGCUGACGGCGCGCAAAGCAUCCAUGAUGCAAGCAAUGGGUUACAUCAAGGCGUUACAAGCAAAGAAUCUGAAAAGCAUCGAGCAGAUUGCUGAGGCGCCUUCAUCCACUAUUGAAGAAGCCCUCGGUGACGUGAAGCUGGCCAAGAGCUUUCACACGGCGUGCAAGUCUCACGGCAAGAAGAGCAACAAGCGGGCAGCCGAGGAGCCCGCGGCAGCCGACAGGAAGAAGCCCAAGCUUGAAAUGCACAAACGGGACUUAGAUUACAACUCUAUGACGCCUGAAGAGCUCGAAGGGUCGUUGGCGCUCCCUCUGUGCGAGGAUGAGGAGCUCAUCAAAGAGACUGCGCUGGUUACUAACAGAGCGCCCCUGGUGCUUGCGUUUGCAGUGGAACUGCUGCGAUUCACGAUGCCGGAGCAGCCUCCAAGUAGUCGCCUAAGUCUAGCUCAGGCAGUAGUGAGUGCAAACUCGAGAUCCAAGGCUAUAAGCAUUGGCAUCGAAAAGGCACCAGUGGGUGGAGAGACACCAAUACCAACCGGCCAGCCCAAGGUUUCCGUUCUAGGACGAGAAAUUCCUGUUCUGAAGAGAGGUGGUUAUACAUGGACUGAUGAGAAGCAACAAUCUGUGUCGUCUGCAGAUGCGGCAGGCCCGUCAUCGUCAACAGUGGCAUCAACCGCGUCUGAUAGUAUAUGGGCGACGAGCAGCAAGCUGACUUCAAAGGGAUCCGUUUUCGUAGCGCAUGCGGCUCCAAUAACGUCACCAUCCAUGCGCUCAGGCCUCAUGAAGAUUUUGUUCAACAAGUAUCCUGAUGUAGAGAAGACGGCAGAUCACGUUGCGUGGGCGAUACGGACAAGCUUUGGCGGGUCGUCCCUCGUACAAGAAGCCUCGUUUGAUGAUGGAGAGACUGGGUGCGGCAAGUUCAUGCUCGAGCUCUUGCGCGAAUCAAACAUCAUAAACACAACCGUUGUGCUGGUUAGGUGGUACGGCGGAGUCAUGCUGGGGCCUGAUCGUUGGCGACUGAUGCGCGAGUGUCUCAACGAUGCCCUUUCAGCUCAGCGGCGGACAUCGUCGUUUUCUGGAGAGGCACUCUGGGGGCUUGACGCAGAGGAUAAGAAACCAACCAUAUCUACAAUCGGCAUGGCCAUUCACAGGCCUGAGAAUGCGAGGAAUUAUCUUUUACGAAGCUUUGCCUCGGCGGGCGCUGAUAGCGGCGGGAGUAAGAAGACCGUGGCGGCGCUGAAUGAUGAGAAGCAAGAGAACCUGGGGAGGCUGUUGGGAGCUCUUCGGCUGCUCUUUGCGAGCUGGGCUGGUGUUUUGGGGCGAGCUGAGUUGGAUCGAAGAGCGUGGAGCUGGUAUGUGGCCGUUCGUCCCGACAUAGAGGCGGGUCCGUCUGGAUGGGGAGAGAAGGGCGUGCUGAAGUUGUCAAAGAUAUUGGAUUUGAGACGAAAGGAAGCUUUGGAAGCAAAAUGA